AAUUUGUGACAUGCACACUCCCAGAACUUGGAUCCACACUUCUCCAGUAGUGCCAAAUUUUGGAACUGAGUUUGCACCCCCUAAGCAAAUUUUGUUCCCGGGCCACUGACAGUGUUGUAUUGCUACUACAGGCAUGUUAUUAAUAAGUUGCAAUCAUAAACUAUUCCUAUUUCCCAUUUUUAGCAACCAGUUGUCAUAGUUCUAUCGAUUUUACAUGUUUUCUUUAUAAACUCAAUGCACAAGUGUCACAGCUCGCUGUCUUUCCAUUUCUCUUGAUUCAGUGACUGCACAUAACACAACUGACACACAAAUUAUCGAUCAAAGUGUACAUUUAAAAUCAAUUAGCAUAUGGACUCCUUUCUUCUGAUUAUACACAGAAAAAUGCAUGUAGCACCAAUACAAAGGGUCUCCGGCGACCCAUAUACCAAAUGGGUUAAUUAGAGUAAGCUGUGUUCGUGAAAUACAGUUGUUCUGAAUUUGCAGUAGGAAGAGGUCACUGUUGGUAAUGGUGGGUGAGGGUCACUAGGAGUGUCACCUAGGUCCCAAGGGAGUGACAAUCUGAAAAAAUUUGGGUAUCACUGCCUUAGACGAAUGUCCAACACAGAAUCAAAGAGACAAUAACAAAAUCUACCUGUGACACCUAUCCCAAUUUGUGUGAAUAUUACAAUGUUGAUAAGUAAAGGAAAAUAGAUGUAAUAUCAUUGCCAUGAUAUUACAUCAGUAGUAUUCAACCAAUAGAUUACCUUAUAUAUCCAGCUUAAACUUUAGAUACCACCUGGCAACGAGGCGAUCAUGGAGAUUAUAAAAUUUUUCUGUUUGUUGGUGAUACUAUAUUUAACAAAUGAAAGUAACAGCUUUAAAAUUAUUCAAAAUGGAACAGCUUGGUUAGGAGAAAGUCUUGUUCUUCAGACAGAAGAAAUUCCAAACAUGAAAAGACCUGUUGUUUGGCAAAGCAAAAAUUAUAAAUAUGAAUGUGAUAGGACAUGUGCUAAUGGGGAUCAUAUAGUUACUCAGGAUGGUAAUGUUUCAACACUUACAAUCAAAAAUAUAUCUUGGGAAUUUUCAAAGUGGUCUUUUAUGGAUGAUAAUAUAAGAGGUGCACUCCUUGAAAUGGACAUAAAGGUGAAACCAACCAUUCAGAUCAUGAAUGAAACAGAUUGUAUAUACAAUGUAACAGCACAAUGUUCUUUACCUGUGACACAUAUAGAAUGUUUUAUUGGAAAGGAUCUACAAAAAUUUAGUUCAAACAAAACAGAAAAUUGUCUUGAUGGAAAAACUUACACAUUCAGUGCUACAUUAAAACCUCAUUCUGGGAAUCUGAAAUGCAGUUUUACUAUGGACAACAUAUUCAGUACUGAACGAACUAAAGAAGUUAAAUGCAAUAAUCCAUCUGCUGCAACAUCAGAUUUGUACACAAUGGAAUCUUUUGUGGUUGGCUUUUCACAAUCAACAAUAUCAACACCAAACAUUACAAAAAAAUCUUCAGCAGGUGAUAAAACUAAGCAAAAGAAUUACAUCAGUAUUAUCAUUGCGGUUCUUAUUGUUAUUGGUGUUGUAGAUGCCCAAAAAUAUUCCUAUGGGUAAAAAAGUACGACUUGUCAACCACCACUGAAAUUAAUGAACCUUGUACAUUCUAACAAUAUAAUAUACAGUUUUAAUUUCAAACUUACACCUUCUGUUUUGAACAUGAUAAUUUAUCAACAUUGAAAGAUUUUGAUUUGUCAACAUUGAAACUUUUAACAAUAUUUUUCUAAUUUUAAACUUUUACCAUUGAUAAACAAAAAAUAUU